AUGGUUGGCAAAAAAUCUGGAAAGGCCCUCAAAGAUGAGGGCCUGGAGAGGACGGAUAACAACAUGGAGCUGUCGAAUUGGCCUCAGAUUGCGCCGAUCAACCAAAAGAAUUACUACACUGAUUACCUCAAGAGGGACGAUCAGUACCUAGCAUUCCGACUACAAAAUGAGGAGGCGAGGAACAAAAUGGCCAAAACGGCCAAAGACCGGGAUCGCGCUUUAGCCAUGGCAAAAGCGAACGACUUGGGCUUACCCGAAACAGAGGCCGACGGUGAUGGGGAUACAAAUAUGGAGGAGGGAGCGGAGGAUACAACAGAAACAUUAGGCUCCAAGGUUAUUGUCGUUCAUGUCGGAAGCCAGAAUCUGCGAAUCGGCCUGGCCAGCGACGCACUGCCGAAGACUGUCCCUAUGGUGAUUGCUCGAAAAUCGACCACAAGCGAGUCGGAAGACCAUGACGAACCCCUCCCGAAGCGAUUGAAGUUGGACGAUGGCUCUCUGAUGGAGCCUGAGAAAAUGCUUGGUCCGGAGUUCUCCUCGCAAUAUACCACGAUGGUCGCAGAACUCAAAGCGCACAUGCGGCAAAACAAGCGCAGGACUUUACCCAACUCGAAAGAAAUGGUUAUCAACUAUAAUCGCAGAACGGUACCAGAGACCAUCCCAGAACACAAUGACCCGCUGCGUGUCGAAUGGACAGAUAUUACCGACGAUUCACCUGAAUAUAUUGUAGGGCAAGCAGCGCUUAGAAUACCUGACGACUCGAAACCCCGGUACAAGCUCUACUGGCCGAUGCGAUCCGGAUGGUGCAACGAGAGAGACUAUGAGAGCAAGAGACUCCUGUUCCUGGACAUCUCACUCAUUCUCGAGGACACAAUCAAGAGCCAAUUGGGCCUGAUCAGCAAGAAGGAAUGGCCUCAGUACUCUUGCGUUUUCGUUAUCCCUGACUUGUACGAGAAGACUUACGUUACCCAAGUUCUCGAGAUGUUGAUGAGGGAGUUUUCGUUCGCCCGCGUCUGCUUCAUCCAGGAGAGUUUAGCGGCCACCUUCGGUGCGGGAUUCACAUCAGCAUGCGUUGUCGACAUCGGCGCGCAAAAGACAUCCAUCUGUUGCGUGGAGGAAGGAAUGUGUAUUGAGAACUCUCGCGUCAACCUGAAAUUUGGUGGAGCCGAUGUGACCGAGGCGUUCAUCAAGAUGAUGCUCUUUGACCACUUUCCGUACGCGGAGAUCAACCUGUGGCGCCGCUACGACUUUUUGCUAGCCGAGGAGCUGAAAAAGAAUGUCUGCACCUUGAAUGAAGCGAGUGUCUCAGUGCAAGUGUUCGAUUUUCACCUUCGCAUUGCAGGUCAGGACACCCGGAAAUAUUCCUUCAAAGCGUACGAUGAAGUACAUCUCGCCCCGAUGGGGUACUUCCAACCCUCGAUAUUCGACCACUCAUGGAAACUUGAAGGAAGAAGAAAAUUCAUCACGCGGUCGGUGGAUAUUUACGACGGUCAGCCGAACGAUCCAACAUCGGGCGCCCAGUCUGAAAUCUUGACUGCCAUUGCCCCUCCUCCAGUCAAUGGUCAAGUGAAUGGUGAAUCCCAACCCUUCACGUUAGAUGUGCAGUCGACGCCGAGUCGCUCGCACCAAGUGAAUGCACUCAGCCGUGUGCAGGAGCUGGAUGCCACCCCCCGAUCUUCGGUUGCCGGGUCGCCUGCUCCGGAAGCGAUUGGUACGCCCCAAGGCGGGGGUGCUGGUACUCCACUCCCGGGUGGCCAGGGACAGAGCGCCUCGCAACCUCGUGCACCUACUGUCGAGGAGCGAGAUGACGUUCUGCCAGUCUUCCCGCUGGAUAAUGCAAUUCUCACAUCUAUUUCGCAUGCGGCUCGAUCCGAUGAGCGUAAGAUGCGGGACUUCCUCGGUGGGAUCAUGGUCGUAGGAGGCGGCAGUCUUGUCAACGGCUUCCACUCCUUCCUGGAAGAGCGUCUCCAGACGCUGAGACCUGGGUUUGCUAGCGAAAUCAUGGUCGGUACACCUCCAAGAGACCUCGACCCCCAAGUGGUAGUCUGGAAGGGCGCAAGCGUCUUCGGUAAGCUGAGCGGAACCAAUGACAGCUGGAUCGGACAAUUGGAAUAUGAUAGACUGGGUCACCGACUGAUGGCGUACAAGUUUCUCGCGCCGGUUAAUACCAGCAACGGAGGCCCAGACGGUUCUCUGGUUCCCGACUCUGACAUCCCGUCGAUUACGCUUGCCAACCAAUUUUUCAGUCCGCCUCUUACUGAUACGCGCUCGUCGAAGUCGGACACUGGAAUUGCGGCCGAGAUGUCGAAAUCCAAAGACAGCGGCUCCUCUGGGAGUUUCCAUCAGGAGUACAUCGCGUCUUUACGUUACCGGAAUGAUCUGCCUCCGCCUGAUAUGCCACCCAAGUUCCUCGAUAUUCCGCAUGAGGGUUUGCAGCGAUUUCUAACACCUGGUUUCGCAUCUAACUUGGCGCGACGUGAGGAGCCCAAUAUCGAUGUUGAUGCCGAGGGUGGUAUGCCGAUAGACCUUGUCGGUAUUCCGGGGCUGCAUUUGGGUGAUGAGAGUGCUAUUAUGGCCCCUGAAAACCCUCAACCGAUUGAUCCCGCCGACCUUCCGCUGCUCAUGACUUUAGACCAGCUCAAGAACCCAGCACCCAAGAACGCGAACGUCAGUUUCCUUCGUCGGACGCAAUAUAUCUCUGCCGGUCUCCGCGCUCCCGACGGCCCCAAGGUCACCCCUAUCAGAGCAAAGGCCCGUUCCCUCGACAAAGCGAAAUCACAGGAUGAUCCGAUGUACAUCAAAAAAUACAUUCAAAAAGGGUUCGAUAUCGCUUAUCCGGAUAGCAGACAUGUUGGGGAGGAUACACCGAGCAGAAUCAAGGGCCACACUCCCACCAAAGUCGAGGUUGACGCUUGGGCUCACCCUGUUCAUCCUGACAAUCCAAAGCUUAAACCGGUCGGGUUCUACCCUCUGCUCCCCGAUCUACAAGGAUUCCCAGACCCGGGAGGAUUCGUUCAGUUCAAAUUCGACAAAGCGCCUGUUCAGGGCAUUUCAGGGAAACGAGACGAGCGCAUGGACGUGGCCAUUCUUCUUCCUUCAGCACCAGAAGAACGAGUCUGUCAGGAGCAUGCGACCAAAGCCGCUUUACACAAGUCGAAUCCCGCAUUGUACCCUGAUCCUGGUCCGAUACCGUGGGAUUACGAUCUAUUCUUGCCCGAGAAGAAGGACUUGGCCAAGGAAGUCAUUGCGAGCCUGCGGCUUUCGAACCCCGAUCGCGACAGUGAAGUCCUGUACACUCAUGAAGGAACGGAUGGCACGAGGUUCCAUCGUUACGAACGCAUGCGCACAUACGCCACUAGUGCUCAGACCCUCGGCAAUGACCAGAAGCAACGCGAUGUCGCUCUGACCCUUUUCGAUCCAGCGGAGGCAAAGGAAGGACAGCAGUCGAGACAAAGAGGCGCAUACUACUAUCCUAUCCUCGGAAAGACCCGUCUGAAGCCCGAGCGGGCCCGUACCAUUGCGCAGGCGGGUCUUGCCCCCACGCGGCCGAAGACAAAGGAGGACCAGGUAGACCAAAUUCAGGUGGUUGUCCGUGAUCCGGACGAGGCGGAGGUAUACAAACGCUCUCUGCACAGAGCGGCCAUUGAUCCGAAAUUUGCAGAAGCUCUCCCCCCGCCUCCCGAGCCUGCUCCUGAGGAGGAACAUCCGGAGACCCACGACUCCGACAGAGGAGAAGAGGCGGCUGGAGAUCGCAAUCACCAGCCAACUGCUGCAGACGUGAGCGAAGAGGAAGACAGGAUGAGCGACGAAUAG